UUUUCUUAUGAUAAUAUGUAAUGGUAAUGGUGAUAAUCAUACUUAGAGUACGUGAAUGGCAGGUAUCACUUCCUAAUUUGGAAAAGCUGGAAAUUGAAGAGGCUCAUAAUUUGAAGAUGAUAUUUCACAAUGUUGUCAUUCGUAAUUCCUUCUCCAAGCUCGAAAGCCUAUAGAUUGGUCAAUGUGACAAUCUUAAAAUGGUUUUUCCUUCCAAUAUGAUGAGUAGACUUACAUGUCUUAAAAUCUUAAAGAUUGAGAGGUGUAAGUUAUUGGAAGGAGUAUUUGAAGUACAAGAGUCAAAUACUUCAAAGAAGAGCAUUGAUUUGCUCCCAAGUUGGAGGCAUUUGGAAUUAAUUGAAUUGUCAAACCUCCAAUACAUAUGGGAGAAGUAUCCUUGCGAACUUUUGAAUGUUAAAAAUAUUGAAAUCUUGUUCAUUCGUGAAUGCCCAAAAUUUAAAAGAAAAUAUCCUCACCAACUAGAACAGUUGGAAAUAGAUUUAAGUGAAUUGGAAGAGAUAUUGAAGAAAGAAAAGUCGACGCACAUGUUGAAACAUGAUGAAUCAGAGACUUCUUCCAAGGAUGAGAUUAAGCAAUUGCUAAAUGGUCGAAAUUCAUUUUUUCGACUUAAAUGCUUGAAGUUGUAUAGUUCUUUUGACUACCGCUCAACGCAUUUGCCAAUGGAAAUUGUACAAAUAUUACAUAACCUUGAAGAGUUUGAAGUGAGAAAAACAUUGUUUGAAGAAGUAUUUCCAAUUGAGAGAUUGGAUAAUGUUGAAGAAUGGCAAAAUGAAAGACGAUAUAAGCUUUCAUCUCUGAAUUUAUCUGAACUACCCAAACUUAGACAUCUGUGGAAUGGAGACUUACAAAAGAAUAAUUCCUCGAUAUUUCAGAAUUUGACGGAAUUAAAUGUAUCAAGUUGUGGCAUAUUGAAUAUGUCAAUGUCAUCAUCAAUGUGGUUUAGGAAUUUGAGAUGGUUGAUGGUGGAAAAAUGUCAUAAGUUGACCUAUUUGCUAAAUCCAUCGGUUGCUAGAAGCAUGGUCCAACUUCUCUAUUUGGUAGUAAAUGAUUGCAAAAGGAUGACUACUGUAAUUGCCAGAGGUGUAGAAGAAGAAAAUGAUGAAAUUCUAUUCAAAAGAUUAUUUUAUAUAAGACUUAAAGAUUUGCCUAAACUGAGAAGUUUUCAUUCCGAAAAACGUACCAUUAAGUUUCCAACCAUGAAGGGUAUACAUCUUCAAAAUUGUCCUGAAAUGAGGGAUUUCUCUCUUGGAAUUGUAAGCACACCACGUUUGUUUAUGGAAAACAUUGGAUUCCAUGAUUCAACUGGAGAAUGGUGUCCAAUUCUUAAAGAUUCAAGAGAUAUCAUUGUAGAAGAUAUCAAUGUCACCAUUCAACAAGCUUGGGAGGACCAUGAGAAUACCAACCUUCAAUGUUUGUUUGAAGAAGAGAAUUUCGAGGAAAACCAAUGUGAUCCCUUAGCUUCUUCUUCACACGUUGAGGAAUUAGAGUCAAAUUUCAAUCAUCCCAAUAAUCAAGAUUGAAGCCGAAUCUUAGGAAGGAAAAGUGAGCAAAGGCCUCAAAGAUUGGUUUAUCUAAACCUCCCAUCUUAUGGCGUGGUAAUUUAAGUGCAGUGCAUUCCAUGACAAAGCAUAUUGAACUUAAUAUUAAUUUUGUUCGUGAUUUGGUGCUUCUUGAGAAAUGUUGGUUCAAUAUCUCCUUGCCGCGGAACAAGUUGAUGCUCAUGUCUUCACCAAAUAUCUGUAAGGUGUGAACUCAUUUAAAAAGAGGCUACAGGUUGUUUUUCACAUCGUUGGGCUUUUAUCAUAUGUCCUUGUAUUAUUAUUUGCUGUGAGAGUUUUCUCCCCAGGCUUUAUAUAUAUGGUUGAUUCUGGUUUUUCAAAUAUAUAUAUAGGAAAAGAAAAGGGUUUCUCUCGCAUUUCAUUGAAAUUAUUGAUACAUUUAUGAUCUUUUUCAAAAUUUGAGAUAUCCUAGUUUUCUAGCCUUUUUAGUCACUUAUUAUAUUAUAUCGCUUUGGAUCAAGUUUUUCAUAAUUUUACGGUUUUUUCUUGUCAGAUGUAAUUUCUUUUUGACACACUACAACAAUUUUGGACUUCAAUAUCGGUUGAAAAUAGUAUUCUCGGAUGUAUCAUGUCGGUUAAAAAAAAAAACAACGGAUCUUUAAUGUCGGUUUUAAACCGACAUUGAAGAUGGCCUACAAUGUCGGUUUAAAACCGACAUUAAAGGCAUCCCAUUAGUUUUUUUUAAUUUUUUUAAUUUUAUCAAAAUUUCAUUUCCCUCGCCCGUGAUCUUCUCUCAGCUCUCGCACCGCUCUCACUUUACCAAAAUUGAAAACCCUCGGCUAGCUGCUCUCACCUUACCGAAACAAACUCUCUCCUC